CAAGGAGAGUUAGAGCUAGCAGGCGAGCUCGGUAAGUGAAUUUUUCCCAAUUUGGAUUUUUAUAGACUGCCACUGCUUUUGUUCGAUUUAGGGUUUUUUUCCCCUUUUUCCCUAAUUAUCGAUUUAGAUUCCUAUGGAAUUUCAUAUAUGGGUUCCUAUAUGGAUUUCACAGUCGAACACUGACCCCGAUUUUGGGGUUCUGUCACAAGAGGAGAUGACAGAAAACAGAACGAAACCUAUUCCUGUAAAUGAUCGGAAAACUCAACUGAUUCAGAAGCUCAAAUUCAGAGCAUCGUUAUUUAACAGUCAUUUAUAUAAUGGUAGAAUAACAAAGAGAGACAAACAUAUCCAGAUUCAAUACUCUAGAGAGUAAAUAGAAGCAGAAAAAAGAGAAAAGAUAUUGAACACAAGGCCCUUGAUUUUACUGCUAGGCAGGCUCAUAUUUCGGCCCACAUCGGUCUUACAACUAACCCAGGUCCAGCCUCUGUUUUGCCCCAAAGAUCGCCAUUGAACAGAAUGCUUCAAGGACAGAUCUGGUUGGACCCAUUCCUGCCUUUGUGGAGAAGAUAUUCCAGAAGUUGUGAGGCUUGUGCAAGAUUUGAGUGGGGACUAUAUGAAGGAGAUUGAUGCGGAUAUUGGUUGCUAUUUCUUUAGUAUAGUUUCUAUUUCAGUUACUAGGUAUUAAUUAGGUUUCAGUAACACAAUUUUAUUUGGUUUCAGUUACCAUUUUGAUAUGUAAUUUUAGACUAGGAAGUUAAUAAUUUAAUUGGACUCCCUCCCCAUGCAAGAGAGGGAUUUUUUUCGUCCACUGUGUCACACAAGCUUGGAACCUUUGACCUCAAGGUUGAGUACAUAAUCAGCAAGCCAUUGAGGCUACAAAAAGGCUUGUGCAAGAGAGGGAUUUUGGAAGUUUAUUAAUAAAGCAAGGGGCUCCCUACAGUCCCCAGCGAUUGAAGUUACAAGAAAAGAAUGGUUGUUAUGCUGUUAUACUGUGAGAUGCAGGUCUGUGGGAUGCAGAAACCCUAGUGGGAGGCCUGCUCUGCAUUUCAAAGAUAUGAGAUCCCCAAGAUCCCCAACCCCCAAAAGUACUACUAUAAUCUGGAAUGAAGCAGAGCUAAGAUCAUUCAUCAAUCUCAUGGUUGAUAAUGUCCGAAACGGAUUGAAGACAAACUCAACAUUCACAAAGGUUGGUUGGGACAACAUUACAAAAGGGCUUGAAGCCGAAUUCAAAAGGCCCUUUGCGAAAGUACAACUACGUAACAAGAUGAAUAAGUUACGCAAGGAGUACAACAGCUUCAGGGCUUUGUUAGAAACAACUGGUUUUGGAUGGGAUGCGAAUGCUCGGACUGCCACAGCUGAUGAUUCAGUAUGGGAAUCUGCUAUUCAGGGAAACAAGGAUUGGGCAAAGUAUAGAAGAAAUGGUCUCCCCAUGUGGCCAGAGUUGUUAGAGAUCUUCUCCGACUCUAGUGCCCGUGGGGAUAGAGGUCUGUCACAGGCAACAGUUGUCACUCCAACGUCAACUAACCUUGAAAUUGAUGAUGAUUUGCAUGACACUGAUAAUUAUGACAGUGAUGCUUGUACUGGGACACCCAAGGGGUCAGCUCCUCCGAAGCGGCGACUUGAUAGGACUCCUACGGAUCGUAGGAGGAAGAGCCACACACGGACAUUGACGAACUCCGCUGAGGACUUUAGAACCUUCGUCCGAUGGAGGAUGGAAAAGGGAUCAACCUCUGCCACCUCAGCAGUUACCCGACCACCUGACCCUAUUGUUGAUGGACCAUAUAACAUGAUCAGCUGUCAGAAGCUACUGGACAGUUUGGAGGAUAUCCCGACUGAUUUGUAUGUGUUAGCGCAGCGUAAGAUACACAGUGACCCUGGGUGGCGCAUGUCUUUUGUUGAAGUGAGACCUGACAGGAGGUUAUGGAUGAUACAUGGCCUUAAGGAGUGAAAGUAACCGUUUUUGAAAGCAUGAAUGAACUUUGAAAUGUUUUGUUUGGAUUUUAUAUGACUUGAUAUUGACUUACACACUGAUGUCUUUUAUCGUACU